AGGACCACCUAUAUAGUAGUAAUGUAAUUUAUUCACAGUCUCUUUCUCUUAUAUUUCGUUCUGAUAUCAUUCAUUUUUUUCAUGCACAUGACACUUUGAAUUCUUUUCCCUCCAACAUGAGUUUUCUUUCUUAAAACUGUGUAAGUGUAAGUCUGUGAUGCAAAGUGUGCAACAUUGUUGCACUUGUCAUGCUAGCCAACCAUGAAGUCCUACUUCAUUUGUGUUUUCACAUACUAGCUGCGCCUGACAGGCUUUGUCUGUCAUGCAGAACAGAUUUGUCAUGCUGUCACGUCAAGACACCUACACGAACACAGUUUUUUUCUUGGAUACGAGGUCGAGGUCGAAGAAAAUGAACCAGCAGAAGAGACUACAAGCCACCAGCAGCCCCAGGUACUAGAAGAGACCGCGCAAAGUAGAAGUACAGCGGAGGGUGUAGAUGAAGUACCAGGAGAGCAAAUAGAAGGAUGUCGCCCUUCGCUCGGUAUGAACUCGCCUUCCUCCGCUGGAUACACGUAUUUCGGUCUGAAGAUGAAAAUAGUAUCAAAAUCAAUAUACCCAUGUCGGUAUCUUUGUAACUGUCGUGAUUUUCUGCGGUUGUGGUUGACAAAUGUUGAUCCUGUCCCCUUCCAUCAUCGGUCGUCGUGCUUCGCCCGCUUGUGCUCGGUAUCAACCAUGCCGGUUUAAUGAUAUUCCGAGUUUUUUUAUUCGGUUUCACGGCGGUGCCCUAGUAGUUUUGAUGUCGGUUGACGUUUUUGCGACGUCGUUGAAGUCGUGUGUGUCACCAGAUGAAGAAGAAAAGCUUGCCUGCAUGCGCAAGAAAUACGUAGAUACUUACUUACAAGUGAACGAAGACGAUCUCUCUUACUGUUUUUGUUGUGUCGCUUACCACAGGACCACCUGAUAUAUUUGAACUUUCACUCCAUUUCUGAUCUACAUCUACUACUUCGCUUUGAUAUCAUUCAUUUUUUUCACAUUUUCACAUGAAGACAUGACACUCUGAAUUCUUUUCCCUCCAACAUGAGUUUUCUUUCUUACUUUUCCAUUUUUCUCCUUCUCUUCCCCUCCCGCGGGCCGGACAAAGGGGGAAGGAACUACGGAUUGCAAAGAUGUCUGGGUCUGGAAGAUUGCAACUUGUCAUGUUGUUUUUGGACUCUGAAAAGAUUUGUAUUGCAUGACCAGCAAGAGGGGUAUAGUUUGUGCUACACGGAUAGGGCAUUUCUCAUGCGGAAGCUGCAUCAGGACGCCCUCUAAAAGUCUGCGCUGCUAGGUCAUGCAUUACAGGCAUCAUGGGUCAUGGGAGAUAUGCAUGACAAAUCUUGCAUUCUUCCAGACUCAGACACUUUUGCAAUUCAUAGGAACAGAAGAGAUGCAAAAGGUUCAUCUCCACGGCCCCGAGGACCCCUCGUCGGACCACACGGUCCUGAUCGCGAUCUCAAGUUAUUCCACCUCGACGUCCUGAGGGGAAUAUCAUCGGCGCAGAAGUUGAGGCGGGUUUACUUUCAUUUAUCAACAAAAUGCUCGUCCAUGAAGAUCAUGAUCUUAGUCUUUCUCUUGCUCCUCACGACCCUUCUCACGACCGCGAGGACAACAAGCACCAACAUCUGUGGUUCUUUUUUCCUCCCCGUCGCCGCAAUUUCGAUGUUCAUUCGGAAGGAGGAAAAUAAAGUGGCACAAAGAACGCAGCAGCGGCACGACCAGGAAGUAGAGCACAACGUCCCGUCUAUUUUUACCAUUGGAGAGCAUGAAGAUCGCGAAGUAGAACAAGCAGUCCGAGUCGUCCUCCCGCAAGAAGAGGAGCAACAAGAAGCCGAGGUCUAUGGGAUUCUCAAACGUUACACUCUCAACUGUUACAUGGAUUUGUCAUGCAAAACUACCUUAUGCCGCCAGAUGGUCAAGCUGCUUCGCAUGACAAAUCUGCGAGGGGCUAAACAGUAUCUAAAUCUGUGCGGAACUUGUAAUGCAAAACGCGCAAACUUCGCCCUUUCACUUUUGCCGUUCUUGCAUUACAAGUUCAUGCAACAGUUGAGAGUGUAACGUUUGAGAACGGCAUAAGGUCACGGAAGCUGGUCCUCGAGCACUACUUCAUCUUGUCCACUCAGGAGCUGCAGGAGAAAUAACUGCAGAAGCAGACAUAUCAAAUGCAAAAGUGUCUGGGUCUGGAAGAUUGCAAGUUUGUCAUGCUUGUCUGGCAUGAGUCGAGAAUCUGUGUUGCAUAGACACCGAAAGGCCCUCUUACCUGUCAUGCAAAAACGCAGUUUGCCAUGCGGAAUACGUAAGACAUAGGAGCCAAGAAAUUUGUCAUGCGUAGCUGCGUAUUGCAGUGCGUCUACCAUCCACUUUUAGCAUUACAAGUUUCCAGACCCAGACAUAUUUGCAAUCCAUAAGACACCGAAGCCGCGCGGCCUGCUCGAGAUGAUGAUGUUGAGACAUCCACAAGAACUUGGGAGCUGCUGCUGCAAAGAGGUCCAAGGCCUCCUCGGGAGCAGGUAAAAAUAUUACCGCUACAACUAGUAGCUGAAGAACAGCAAGAGAUAAACUGGUCCACCGAGAAGUCGUUUUUGCAGGCCACCACGGAACGCGGUACAGGUAUUAAAAUUAAUCAGCAUGGGAAUAAAACAAGUAAAACACCAAGCCCCGACAACGAGGACCAGGACGUUAACAAUAUUUCUGUGAACAAGUACGACAUGGACAUGCGCAAGCGCAUCAGGAACAGGAUGUUCGCAUUAUCAAAUGUAAAAAUGUCUGGGUCUGGAAGAAGCAUGUUUGUCAUGCUUGUCUGGCAUGACUCUUAAAUCUGUCAUGCACGUUACCCAAGAGCCCCACUUUUCUGUCAUGCAAAAACGCAGUCUUUCAUGCAGAAUAGGCAUCAUUUAGAAGCUCAGAAACUUGUCAUGCCGAGCCAGCACUUGUGGCCUCCUCAUGAUACGCCACCCAGCAUCACAAGUUUCCAGACCCAGACACUUUUACAAUCCAUACGCAUUCUUUCCGCACCGCGGCUACGACGAGCCGCGACUGUGCUAUCAGGGGAAGAAAUUUUACGAAAGACAAGGACCUAUCUGGCUUCUGGGCUACAUCGAGGCGGAAAUGUCGGACACGAAAAAAUAUCAACGCUACGUCGCGGAAAAGGAGCGGGAAAUCCGUGCUCUAUCAAAGGGAAAAAUGUCGCCCCCUCCCCAUAUCGAAAACAAAACUUGUGAUGCUGUAUUUGACUACACAAUGCUAAGAGCUGCAGUUGUGGCCUCGUUUGCAGGCAAUUCGUCAUGCUGCUUCCCACUCGCAGCUGCCUCCUGUCGUGCUGAAGAUGCAUGGCUUUAUAUAUUCCCACGCCAAUCAGCACUUCAGUCCGCGUCUUUUGCUUUUCCCUUCUAGUAGCAUGACAAAACUGAUUUGUGACCACAAAACUGCGUCACAGAUUUCCGCUCUGAUAUGGGGAGGGGGGGUUUUUCUGCUUGAUAUGCUCUCUCCCCUCCGCUGUUGAAGCUCCAGGACAGAAUAAACGUGGACGACAAAUGGAAUCUCUUCCACGUGGAGUUGGAGGCCCGGAUAAAGGCGGUGCAACACAAUGGGCUGUGGUGGCACCAACUGUACCUAGAGAGGCCGGCUUCAAGUUCAACAGACGGAGGUGUAGAUCUUCCCAACCAGUUAUCGUACGAAAAACGUGUUUCUCACUGUAAGGAUUUUGCAGGUUUUGCAUCACAAGUUUGUUCUACCUGACAGAGAAAAUUUGCCAUGCAAGGUUCCUAAGGGAAAACACAGCUAAAAAUCCACUGUCUUGCAUGUGCAGCAAGACAAACACUUGUGAGAUACAUUUUCUGCAUUAAUACAAGUUUACAGUGAAACAGUUUUUUCUGGCGAUACCAGUUUCCUUGGCAGGAAAACGACAUGUUGUGUCGUCAGGUAGUAGACAUGAACGAAAACUACGUUCGCACUCUACCCGGAGUAUCCUGUGCACAAGCAUCGUACUCGUCUUGCAUUCAUGCAUUACAAAUUUCUUUCUGAAGUUAAAUCCGCAUUACAAAUUUUAUUUCUCAUGCUGAGGAAAUUUGUUAUGCGAUUUACACUAGUACGACGCUUUUGCAUUUCAUACGGAGGUGCAGCACCAGUUUCCCCGACGGAAACCGGCGGAGGCGAUAACUCAGCUGCAGCACCGUAUGCGUUUGAGCUCUCCGGUAUCCUGAGUGCAAAAUGGAAGAAUCUUCGUGCUGCUCGUAGUAAUCGCAAAAACCAUACGGGACAGUAGAUCUGCUCGUAGUGCUCAAGCUCAAGCUAAAUCAGUCGAUGACAAAAAUAUUAACUCCCCUUUGCUGGCGUUCUGAGCUGAUUCAUUUGUCAUGUUGCAAUUACUACUAGUAGUACGCUAGAUGUUGUACUUUUGCAAUUCAUAAUUGGUCCCGCGCGCAACCUGCGCAGGCAGAACUUGGCGGAAAAGGCAGUGGACCAAAAUCCUUGGGCGUUAUUCUACGUACGUACGCACUGCGACAAAGAGCAGAAAAGUGAUGCGGUAGCAGGAGAAACCAAGUCUCUCGCGGCAUCUCCCACGUCGGCAGUUGUCAAUGAUGUAGUUGUCCCCCGACAAGAGAUUCUUGGCCGCGACUCGUCCCCUUCCAAAAAGACCUUCUUACCCCUGUAUGAACUGCAAAAGUAUCGCACUCGUAUAAUUAAAUGCAUUACAAAUUUUCUCAGCAUGAGAAAUGAAAUUUGUAAAUGCGAGUUUACCUUGACACAAAAAUUUGUAAUGCAGGACUGCAAUACGAGCACGAUACUUUUGCACAGGAUACCCUGUGGAAGCUGACAAACCGCGCCGUGCGGCGCGACGGGCAACUGCUCUGUGAGGGGUUCGUUUUGAACCCGAUCAUAAAGCACCUAAUGGAUCUUGUAGAAGAGAUAAAAAGCGGGCAGGAGCAUAAUUUGUUUGAACAACAAUCUAGAAGUACUUCUACGGGGGAGGUAAAAGAACGAAAACCUGUGACUUCUCAUGAGGACGACCCAACUUUGGAGCUCCUGCAGCCAAUGAAGACGAAUAGUACUCGGACUGAAGUUGUGUAUGAAGAGGAAAAAACCCCCCGCCCCAUAUUGAAAGCGCAUCUGUCUGAAAAUUUGUGAUGCAGAUUUGUGGCCACAAAUCCUGUCUGUCUUGCAAGAAGGCAAAUCUUCCAGAGAGUCCGCCGCAUUAUGCUGGCGGUUUGUGCUGCGGUUUUGCUUACAGCGUAGACAUUUGAUGCCACGCUAGGCACCUAGUACGGCAAAACCUCCCGGCCCAGGCUCGGCAGAUGCCUGCAGUCCUCUACUGCAAGACAAAUCUGGACUGAAAUCCAGCAUCAGAAGUUUCGUGUUGGUAUAGGGGGGGACUAUUCCUUUUGAUAAAGGGGUUGCUGCAACGAAUGAGGACAGGACGACCACGGGAGGGACAUCGAUUAUCGCACAAGAACACAGAAGUCCUGCAGAGCAGGAAUUUGCCUCCGUGUUUGCCCACCUGUGGGACUUUCUCCUGUUGCCGGGGCUGACGCAGUACCCUUUCAUCUUCUUUUGUGUGCCCCACGGAGCCCUUUUCUGGUUGCAGAGGCAGGUGCACGAGUACAACACGCUGCGAGAAGGUAGGCGGGAGAGGCAAGAAAUAAGACAACUCCACGGGGAGAUUAUACACCGACCAGGGCAAGAUCAAGAACCGAUCUCUACUGCGGACGCACGAGGACUAGGAGUACAACUUCACAAUAGCACGACAAGUGGACGACGCGAUGACCAUGCAGAGGAUGACGUAGACACAUCAACGCGCACUAGUACACCAGUAUGAACUGCAAAAGCAUCGUACUAGUAUAAAUUGCAUUACAAAUAAUUUCCUUAGCAUCAGAAGUGGAAUUUGUAAUGCGGAUUUGCCUUCAGAAAAAGAUCAUGACUGGUGCAAUUACUACGAGUACGAUACUUUUGCACAGGAUAAACAGUCAUGUCGGACAACUACUACAACAAAGGUGUUGAAGCCCAAAAAGUAGAACAGGUGCAGCAGCCGCCCGUCGUGAAUAAGAUAACAACCUCUACCGAGCUCUCGGAGAGCAUCAGUGAGUCGUUGGUUGCUAAAAAUUAUGCACUGCAAAAAUGUCUGGGUCUGCAAGGUUGAAACUUGUCAUGCUAGCUCUACAUUCCUGGGAAAUCUGUAUUGCAUAACCAACAAAAGUCGCAGCCUCUUUUGUAAUGGAAAAACGCAGUUUGUCAUGCGGAUUGCCUAUGAGAAAGCGUUGUGGGAAGAAGUUGUCAUGCUGGGCUGCGGCAUUCAGAAGUGCUUUCAUCAUGGACAUUUUAGCAUCACAAGUUCUUCCCAGACCCAGACUACAUAUUUAUUGCAGUUGAUAAAAAUAAGAACGAACAGUUGCGCAAUUUCGAAGAUGACAUCCAGCUCCGCAUGAUCGUUAGGGCGUCGCUACUAUCAAAUGCAAAAAUGUCUGGGUCUGGAAGAGUGCAAGUUUGUCAUGCUUGUCUGACAUGACUCUUAAAUCUGUCAUGCACAUUACCCAAGAGCCGCGCUUUUCUGUGAUGCAGAAACGUAGUUUGUCAUGCAGAAUAGGCAACACUUAGAAGCUUAGAAACUUGUCAUGCUGAGCCAGCACUUGUGGCCUCCUCAUGGUACGCCACCUAGCAUCACAAGUUUUCAGACCCAGACACUUUUGCAUUUGAUAGCCACAAGACCCGUGGAUUAUGCUUUUGAUGCAAGAACUGGAACAAGUAGAUGAACCUCCUGCUCCUUCUUCUCACGAUAUCGGUACUAUUUCUGGUCCUCAUCCUGAUAGUACAACGACACUACAUAUGGAUUGCAAAAAUGUCUGGGUCUGGAAGGUUGGAACUUGUGAUGCUAAGCUGGACUGUAAAAAAAUCUGUAUUGCAUGACCAGCAAGACGUGGAGUCCAGUUUGUGCUACGCGGGAAGGGCAUUUGUCAUGCGGAAUACGCAUCAGGAAGGCCUCUCAAAAUCUGUGAUGCUAGGUCAUGCAUUACAGACAUCCUGGGUCAUGCAAAAUAUGCAUCUCUGCUCUCCGACGAGGAAAAGGAGUGGCUCACUUGCCUCAUAGGGGUCGACGCAGCAAAUUUUUUCAAUAAUAUCUCGGUAUGCAGUGCAGUGAGGGUACUCAGAGGCGCUCGCAUCCACCCAGUGGUCAUAAGGCUCAUACUUGUCACCACGUACUCCAAAAAACUCUAUUUGAGAAACGGCGAGGCUUUCGGGGAGAUUGCGGCACAUCGUGACAUGAUACAAGGGAGUGUCGACACUAUGAUGUGCGGCGGUCUGCUCUUCAUGCCAGCAGUGCACGAGGUGGGUAAGUUUUUACAGAGCUGCUUCAACGAAGAGGGCCGAGUUGUCCCGGAUGCGGAACUGAGGAAACUUGCGCAAAAGAUGCGCGGCGCAGUAGAGAAGCGCUACCGAUGCAGCGAUGACAUUGAUACGUCUUUCCAAAAAUAUGACGUCCGCACAGAAGUGGCCGAGGUGUACUUCGACGAGAGCACUAGUGGAGGCCAGUCCACUGGCUUUAGAAGGGUGGCGACGCAGACGAGAGAAGACAAGAACAGCGGAAGAGUUCGCUUUGAGCACCAGGGCGGUAAGUUGAAGGACCCACAGAAGGCAGCAAAGCCCCGCAGUGCCACUGCCGUGCAAUUUAUCGAUGAUGGCACCAUCUGCCUUCGCUAUCACAAGUGUGACAGACAAGCAGUCCACUGGAUCCUGCAACAAGCUUCACAAGUAUGCCGCAGAAUGUAUAUCAGUGCCGGCCAGUUCAUGUCACCGGCCAAAUGCGAAUUACUCUGCACAGAGCAGGAGGGAGACGCAUGGGCGUUAUUGAAUGCUUUCUCCCCUUUUGGCAUGCAGCUUCGGCGCAAAAGGGCCACGCGAAUCUUCGGGGCGGUUGUUACGCUUCAGGGGAUUGACGAAUCGAACAGCGGGCCGCGACGCAGGGCCAGAUCACAAGCGCAAUAGGGUUGGGCCAGCACCUUGCGGCGAAGGUGAUGGCGAGCCAGAAAGAGAUGGCUGGGGAGGAACUGAGGUGGCUGGUGGUCAUGUUCUAUCUCUCAGGCCUCUUGUAUCUCCUUCCGCUGAUGCAGGUGAUAUUGCAGCCAUCAGAGUGGGCUGAGCUACUGAUGGACAUGGCUACAGCAAUAGCAGAAACUUUGGGCUUUUCCCAGAGGGCGUGGGUUGAGUUAACUGCAAAGGCACAGUUGCAGCCGCAGUGCUUUUGCAGAGUAAUCUUCUCCGAGAACUGCUUGGCGCUACUUGAUCCGUUCGCCAUGAGCAUUAAACUGCUACGGAGUGCAUGCCAGUCCAGUACUCUGACAGAUAUGGACUUCCUUCCCCCCAGAGCAGUCUAUCCGGUUAAGGUUUUGGGAUCUGGCGAGCAAGGGGCGAGGCACGGCGACAAAGAAGACCUGAAGGAGCAAGCUCAGGCCGACAAAGCUCUCGCGCAGGCUCUCGCUGAUGGGGCGGCUACAAGAAUAUCGCACCGAAGCGAUCUCAGAGUUGCGGGCUUCAUUAGGGAUCGCACUUUGGGGCGGGGCAGGAUGCCAUUGGGAUUGCCCGUAUACGAGGUCCGGGCGUCCUCGGAUUUGUCAGCGACAGUUUGCGUCGAGAGAAACACGGGGAAAGUGUUCGCGCAAUGCAAAACGAAGAUGGAGCGUCUAAGGGUAGAAGUGCGUCGACAAGAGCGGAGGUUUCUGGCUUACGUUAGCAACGCGCUCACUUUGCUGCAAUUUGUCACGCAGCACAACCAUGGGGCUCGGAAAGUAGGCGUCGAGCUCACUGACUUCAAGAGGCUACAGGCGAAUGCCCGUGGUCCACUCAGGCAGGGUCGCGGCAUAGUGUUAAGCCUGGCGGAAGCACUAGAAGGAGCGCAGGCCCUUGGCUACGAAGUUCGCAAAGAAGUACUUCCGAACCACAAGAAGGAUUUCGCGCCAGUUUCUUUAUCUCUCCCGGCGCACACGGUUCCACUGCGGAUAGUCAAUGUAGCGCAGCAUGACAAUUGCUACACAACGUGGCCUGUCUACGAGUUCGGCGCGGACAAGUAUAAGUUUCCCCUAGUCAGCGACUGGCCGAAGAUGAGUCGCACGAUCGAGACGCACUCUGUACCUAGGCGAGCGUCUUGGGUUGUCGCAAGGGCAGGAAGCAAAACAGGACGAAGGAAGUGCCGAAGUGCCGGGCGCCUCUUCGCAAAACGAGGGCAAAGGUGGGGAAGUCAGGGACCAAGCAGGUCUGGACAAGCAAGGCGCGGGCUUGGGUGUAGACAGCCAGACAGGCCCGAAGGUAGGUCGCGGCACCGCAAUCACCGACCCAAUGCGCAAGUUCCACAUGGGGACCGACUGCCUCACGUUGACUCGAUUUCUCAGUAAGGACUUGGGGGGACCAAAUAGACACGAUGCUACGGCGCAAGCGUCGGCUGAGCGGACCUGUAGAGGGGGCGACGCUACUGACGCCCCCCAGGUAGAGCAGGCGGCUUUCUCGUCCUCAUCGAUAGCGCACAAGAGGUGCGACCAGCUUACGAGAAGUGAGCGCAAAAGGUUUCAGGUGAGGGGCCCAACGGGCACAAGAGACAGCUCGAACGAGUUGGCACGAGGGAAGGCUAGUGCAGGUGAUGUCAGGGACCAGGGGAAGGGGGGUAGCACUAGCAGCGAAGCUCAGGCGUUGUCUCCGGAUCAAACUUCUCUGCACUCAAGUCGAAAGAAGCUGCUGGGGUGCUACUCGCCUCGGCGGUCACCGGAUAGCCAGGAGCGAAGGUCUGACGCAUCAGUGAGCGGGGGCGCCCCUGCAUUAGGGGGCAAUGGACAGGCAUUUAGCGCCCAGCACGCUGAUCUCUGCAGUGAGCAGAGAAGCCACGAGCGGGACACCCAGCGGGGAGUCACUGAAGCUACGUCCCCCCCUCGCAAAGGAGUGCGGCACGGGGAAGCUGCCAGCGCAACUGAAAGGGCAAAAGGAAAUGGGGGUGGGGACUAUAGUCGAGCAGAAGCAGGGUUCUGCAGAACCGGCAAAGCAGACUACACCUCGCAGGGAAUCCUUCACGGUAGAGGUGGGAAAGUUCCAGAGACUGCUGGAUGUUGUCCAUCUGAUGGGGCCAGCUCGCAACGGGGAUCACCAAGAAACGCGAGGGACAGGCUGGAGCGCGAACAGCUUUCACCCAGGAGCUGGGGUGAGAUGUUGCGAAGAGUUACAGGCAGGAAGAAGGAGGGCCUCGAGUGAGUUACAUACUCGCUGCGUAGCUGCGUCAGCGCCUAUGCUAGGUAGGAGCAACGUUUACAUUUUGAACCACUGAAACUCUACACACUCAAAUAAUAAGUCACGUCAAAACACUCAGACUUUUCUUGUCUUCACGAACAGACCGCAAAGCAAGCAAAGAACGACAGAACGAAAAACAGAAGCAGAAGUGUAACACUAGCGGGCACUCCAGCCCCCUGCUCCUUGCUGCCUACGCAGUCGAGCUCGAAUUAGUCGCGAGACCUUAUUUGUGUUCGGCGGAUGAUUCAGUGCCAGCAGGUCCUCGCGCGGUCUGCAACAGAAGCAAAGCGAUGGGCACGGAAAGGAGCAACGAAAGGCGCGGGGUCAUUAUGUAUGAAGGGGAUUGCCGGCCACCCUUAAGUGGUAAGCUCCGAGGCGAUUCCGGUUUAUGAUCCCAGUCCCCCCUCCCGCCCUUUGUUUGCUUCUGUUGCAGAACAGGGCUGCACUACGACUGCCACGCACAAAUUAAGCCUUUAAGUUGUCGCUGUGCCCCAGGUGGGUUGCCAGUCAGCAGCGCCAAACAGCUGGUCUAUGGUUUGACAACUGUGGUCCGUGCACUUGCUCUGUUCGCCCGUGCCGCAGGUAAGGCACAAACGGUCCAGCCUCCCCUGUCUGGGCGGGGCUGCGGCUUAGGGGAGAGUCUCGCCCCUUAACCCAAAGGGGUGCGUCGUCUCUUCCGUGAGAACAAAAACGUAUGGCGUAAAAUGGGUCGGGUCCUGGAUCGUUCUGUAUGUUGGGCUGUCGCGCUCGGCUAGCUGGCCGGGCUGUACUGAUCAGGUGUGGUGGGUAGCUCCCGACUGGUUGGCGCUUUUCUUGGGGCGACUUGCCGUGGUAGCGCUCUUCUUUUGUAUGAUGAGGUUGCCGAAAGUGCUUCCUCGCCCACCCCCCGGGGAGGGGAUCCUUGACCUGUGGCGCUGGGAGAGGGUGUCCACUACAUGAUGAUGAUAUGCAUGACAAACCUGGCAACAAUCCAGACCCAGACAUUUUUGCAUUUGAUACUACAACAACCACACGCAGCAGUCGCGAGCCUAAGAGGCAACGAAAUAACCGGGCAAACGGCCGGUCGGCGAGUGUUUCGCCAGCUCUCAGUGCUGGCCGCGAUCUAUCUGGCAAGACCUGAUCUGAUAUGAAAUACAAAUAUGUCUGGGUCUGGAAACUUGUGAUGCUGGGUGGCGUAUCAUGAGGAGGCCGCAAGUGCUGGCUUAGCAUGACAAGUUUCUGAGCUUCUUGGUGUUGCCUAUUCUGCAUGAUAGACUGCGUUUCUGCAUGACAGAAAAAUGGGGGUCUUGGGUAAUGUGCAUGACAAAUUUAAGAGUCAUGCGAGACAAGCAUGACAAACUUGCAUUCUUCCAGACCCAGACAUUUUUGCACUUGAUAUCUGAUGUGGAUCGGGAAUUCCGAAGUUCUGGGACCACUUGAAGCUUAUCGCGGAACAGAAUUAUAUCGCACUUCCUUCGAUCUAGCCAAACAAGAGAUGACGGAUAAGCGAGAUUUAUGGGCUUCUCAAUUGUCACAUUCUCAACUGUUACAUGAAUUUGUGAUGCAAGAAUGGCAGCAGGGGGAGGCCGGAUCUGUCCACUCGUGCAUUACAAAUGCGGCACAGAUUCCCAUGCUGUGCAACCCUUCCAACAUUUGCCAUGCGAAGUAGCUUCAUCGUGUGGACGUUGAUGCUCAUUUUGCAUGACAAAUCGUGUAUUACUUGAGAAUGUAACACUUGAGAGCGCCAUAAAAUUACCGGGCCGCAAAGUUCGCUUGGUUUCGGGGCGCGCACGCCAAAGCAACAGCCAAAGCCAAAGCUAAAGCGAAAGCCGCGGCGAAAGCCAAAGCGCAGGCGAGUUUGACGGUCCUGCCUCGUCUUACACGAAAGCCUGACCUGCUUCCUAGAACGAAGUUAUGGCGUCCUCAAAUCACAGUUACAUUCUGAACUGUUACAUGAAUUUGUGAUGCAAAAGUGAAAGAGAAAGCGGAAGCUUCGUGCGCGUUCCGCAUUACAAAAUAACAUUUUUCGGCACAGAAGAUCAUCUGCAUGCGGGUGAGCGCUUUAAGAAUUAUUUGUCAUGCCAAGUGGAACAGGCUACUUGAUCGUGCAGAGGCUGAUAGGUGGUCUUUUGCAUGACAAAUCGCGUUGUAAUAGUUGAGAGUGUAUUUAUUAACGCUUGAGAACGUCAUAGAAGUCUUUCGACGAUGUUUACGAUCGGGGACUGAGAGAAUCGCCCCCCAACCCCAUCAUGUCGUCCAACCUGAUGCCUAAGAACAGGCUGGCAGCCCCCUCCUUUCUUGAGGAGGAAACCUCGACUACAGGAACAGCAGCAGCUAUCGCAAGAAAAAACUGUAUUAAACUUGUAAUGCAGAAAAUGUAUCUGAGAAGUGUUUGUCUUGCUACACAUGCAAGACAACGGAUUUUUAGCUGUGUUUUCCCUUAGGAAUCUCGCAUGGCAAAUUUUCUCUGUGAUGUAGAGAAAACUUGUGAUGCAAAACUUGCAAAAUCCUUACAGUGAAACACUUUUUCGUACGAUAGCAGCGGCCGCCGAAGGAGCCGAUGCGGAAGUAGAAAAAAACACCACGCAGCAGAUGGAGGGGGUGCACGUGAACUUGAACAAUGAUUCCAAUGUAGUUUUUACGUCCACAACGAGUGGUCCUCGUCCGGGAACUAGGGUCUUGAUGCAAAGAGAACCUGGAGAUGGUUACUAUAGAAGAAAACGUGUCGACGCAGCGGAAAAACUGAAGAAGGCCUGGCCACUAGAUUAUCAAAUGCAAAAACGUCUGGGUCUGGAAUGUUGCCGGGUUUGCCAUGCAUAUCUUGCAUGACCCAGGAUGUCUGUAAUACAUGACCUAGCAUCACAGAUUUUUACAAUUACAGGGCUUCCUGAUGCCUAUUCCGCAUGACAAAUUCCCUCCCCGCGUAGCACAAACUAGACUCCUCUUCGCUGAUAAUGCAAUACAGAUUUUUUUAGACUCCAAAGUUAGCAUCACUAGCUCCAACCUUCCAGACCCAGACAUUUUUGCAUUUGAUAUAGAUCGUCAUUCUUUCCUUGGCGGACGCGACGACUACUUCGUCGACUUGAAUGGGUCCGAAGCCUUACCUUCGACCACGUUCCAGGUUCAUUUGAAGAAGCUAAUCCUGAAAGAAGCUCGCGCCGUACGAUAUAAGAACUAUUUCUACAUCCGGAGAAUUUUAGAAGUGUUGGUCAACAAGGUCUUGACCCUGGAGACACAGCUGCGGGUGGAUUCGGUCCGUAUCAAAUGCAAAUAUCGAUCUGGGUCUGGAAAGGUUGAACCUGUAUUGUGUGUUUCGCAUAUGUAGAAGAAAAUCUGUAUUGCAUAAGCGGCAAAUUAUAAAGCACCACACUUGUGUCAUGCGAAAGCGCAGUUUGGAAUGCGUUCUGCGCAUGAGAAAGCUUUUGAAAAUGAACUUGUUAAGCUGCACUGCGCUUCAGGGCGCAGUCAAUCAUGACCAGUCAGCAUUACAAGUUUCCAGACCCAGACAUGUUUGCGAUGCAUAGACCGGGAGUUUCGGCAAUUUUUUGUCCGGAGGAGAAAAUUAUCCUGUGUAAAAGUAUCGUAGUCGUACUAAUUGCAGUAUAUGCAUGACAAAUCUUCGUUUCAAAGUAAAACAGCAUGACAAAUUCCAUUUCUCAUGCUGAGAAAAUUUGUAAUGCAAUUCGUACUAGUACGAUACUUUUGCAGUUCAUAAAAAUCAGAAAGUCAAGACGCGUUGCUGCGGGUAACCGAUGCGCAUUUGUUUCAAAACGAAGUGUGGUCCGCGGCAAUGUUCGACGAGGAGAGCAGAAAUAUUAGAGAUGCAGAUCGUGCUGGUGUUCUGCAUGGAACCGGGAAUAAUAAUUCCACAGCAGCAGGAGGACCAGGGGCAGACGUAGCUGUGAUGUCCUCUUUUGCGCAAGAACAUCAAGGAGCUGUAACUACAGGACCUGCUGCAACCUCCGGCCCUGCGCAUCUACUUCCACAGCAGGAGUCCACCAAAGUCAGAGCCAUGAAAGAGUUCCUGAACAGCUUGAAUCGUCGUGACAAGAUUUAUGCUGGACCACCCUACCUUGCAAAGUUGCAGGAGCGGGCAAAAUCCGCUUGGCAAAACAAGCGGAAGGGAACAAUCGGCCCGAAAAACAUCGCGGAUUUUUGGUAUCGAACUCGAAUUAGGCAUUGCAAAAAUGUCUGGGUCUGGAAAAGUGGAACUUGUGUUGCAUGUCUUGCAUUCGUGAGAAAUCUUCUGUAUUGCACAGCCAGCAAAGUCGCCGCUCUUGCGCCGUCAUGCAAAAACGCAGUUUGACAUGCGUGCGACGCAUCAGACGGCGUCAAGUGAACUUGUCGUGCUUGGCUGCACUUGAGAGCGCCAGAAUUAUCCAUACUUUAGCAUCACAAGUUAUUUCCAGACCCAGAGAUGUUUGCAUUCGAUACGAAUCUACCGCGAUACCGAGGCCUGUCGCGUGUUGAGUUUGGUUGGGAACCGCUUUCGGGGUCGUGGCGUGUCUACUCCUUCAGAUACUACUUCCGUACCUCUAUCUUGUGUGAAAACGUCCCCACCCUAGAGUUGUCAUGCAGAUCUGCGAUUGCAGGAGCAUUUGUAAUGCGCAUCUCCAUGAGAGGCAUUUUUUCCAAUCGUGUGGUGGAAUCUGUAAUGCUGGAAACAGGAUGAGAAAGUGGCUUUCUCAUGCGGCUUCCCUUGCUAACCAGCACUACGCUGCAGAUGGAAUUUUGUCAUGCACAACUCCCAAACCUUGGAGAUUUGUGUUGCAGAUUCACCAAUGUGACUAUGGGGUGGAGACGUUUUUACUCAGGAUAAACUCUUCCGCGCAUUUACUUUCCGAGGAAAGUAGGAAACGAGACGGUAAAAGUCACGCCACCGAACGGGCUUUACAACCUGCAGCAAUACCUGAAACAGGUUCUUUAUGGAUGUGUCAGGAACGAAAUCGACAGAGUUGAAAUAGUUUGUGAUGCAUAAAAUGGAUGCCAAUUGAAGCCCAGUUUCCAAAUGGCGCAUGACAAAUUCGGGUAGAACCUAAAUCCAGUUUGUGAUGCUGUUUGGGUAAGGGCGACGCCUUUGGUCAUGCUACUUUAGCAGCUCUAUUUCUACACCUCAACAGGCUUACAAUCUUUCUCCUUGCGUCCUCCGCAAUAGAGACAGUUUUUGCGUUGCAUUUUUAUGCAUGACAAAUCAUUUCAACUUUGUCGAUUUCAAUCCUGACACAUCCAUAUUCUGGAAGAGGUGGUCGCGAUGGAGGCAGACGUGGGGCAAGCACACUACCCCGACGAGGUUGUUUAUGGGAGUGUCAGGAUUGAAAUCGUCAGAGUUGAAAUGAUUUGUCAUGUAUAAAAUGCGAUACAAAAAGUGACUCUAUUGCAGAGGACGCACGGAAGAGAGAUUAUAGUCCUGGUAAGGGUCAAAAGGUGGACUGCUGACUGGCAUGACAGAAGGCAGCUCUGUUGCCCGAAACCGCAUGACAGACUCGCUUCCAGGACCGGGAAAAUUUGUCAUGCACCGACUACAAACUGUAGGUCUAAGUAGUAUCCAUUUUAUGCAUCACAAACUAUUUCAACUUUGUCGAUUUCAAACCUGACGUUUCCAUAUUGUUACCGAGGAAGUGGAGAAGUUCGAGAGUAUCAAAUGCAAAAAUGUAUGGGUCUGGAAGAAUGCAUGAUUUGUCAUGCAUAUUUCUCAUGACCUUGACCCACGAUGCCUGUAAUGCUUGGCCGAGCAUCGCAGACUUUUAGAGGGCUUCCCGAUCAUGCACCUUCCGCAUGACAAAUGCCCUGUGCGACGUGUAGCAAAAACUGUAAACCUCUUGCUGGUCAUGCAAUAGAAAUUUUUUUCGAGUCCAAUAAAAAGGACGACAAGUUUGCAUCCUUCCAGACCCAGACAUUUUUGCAGUUGAUAGAGAGAAAAGUGCUGCAAUACUGGCAAAGCGCGGUGUUUGACCUUUUGGGGCGGGGGGCGGAAACCCCGAACGAAGACUCCCUCCAUAUGGCGUUCUCAAAUCAGUUUAACAUUCUCAACUGUUUUACGAUGAGCUUGUUGUAAUGCAGGAACAGCAACAGUGAAAGGGGCAAGCUUGCUGCUUUCGCAUCACAGAUUUGCCACAGAUUUGCAUGCUGUUUAGCCCUUCGGAGAUUUCUUGUCAUGCGGAGCAGCUUGUUGAUCAUCUGACGGCUUCAGGUAGUAGUUCUGCAUGACAAGUGCAAGUAAAAACAGCUGCGAGUGUCACUGAUUCGAGAAUCCCAUACUCCACGUCACCCCUGACGCCCGGUUUUCCGAAAAUAAGCAGAUGAGCAAGAUGCGAAGAAGCGAAGAUGUUGCGUCUCUCGUUGUCCAGGAAAAUAAGCCUGUAAAAAUGUCUGGGUCUGGAAGAUUGCCAGGCUUGUCAUGCACAUUUUGCAUGACUCCUGAUGUCUGUGAUGCAUGUCCUAGCAUCACAGAUUCUGCGAGGGCUUCCUGAUGCCUAUACCGCAUGACAAAUGCUGUUUCCGUGGAGCAAAACUUGGACUCUCUUUGCUGCUCAUGCAAUACAGAUUUUUUUAGAAUUAUCCAAAAUCAGCAUGACAAGUUGGAUUCUUCCAGACCCAGACAUUUUUACAGUUGAUACAACAAGCUGUUGUUGGAGGACCUCCUCCGGGUGGCAGUGCUGGAUAUCGUAUUUAAAAACGUCCCCACCCCAUAGUUGUGAUGCAAAUCUGCAUGCUGAAGAUGUUCCUCAUGCGGAGCCCCAUGAGAGGCAUUUUCUAGUCGUGUUUUGGAAUUUGUCAUGCUCUGUGUUCUUGCUGCUGAGCUACCUCAAACCGCACUACACUACGAGUCCACAUUUGUCAUGCAAAACAGACAAAACUUGUGGACUUGUCUAGCCGAUUCUCCAUGUUGACUAUGGUGUGGGGACGUUUUUACUCAGGAUGCUGGAGGACCUGUAGUAGUUCCAGGGCCUGUAGGUGGUCAUCAUGCUGUAUCAAAUGUAAAAAUGUCUGGGUCUGGAAGGAUGCAACUUGUGAUGCUACCUCUGGACUCUACAUAAAAUCUGUAUUGCAUGAACAGCAAAAGAGGUGUAUUUUGUGAUUUUGUGCUACGCGGAGAGGGCAUUUCUCAUGCGGUAUGAGCAUCAGAAAGCCCUCGCAAAAUCUCUGAUGCUAGGGCAUGCGUCACAGACGUCAUGGGUCCUGCAAAAUCUGCAUGAGAAACUCCUGCAUUCUUCCAGACCCAGACAGUUUUGCAAUCCAUGAAAUAAGCAGAUGAGCAAGAUGCGAAGAAGCGAAGAUGUUGCGUCUCUCGGUGUCCAGGAAAAUAACCAGAAGAACACGACGGCGUCAGCGCGGAAGGAGCUGCGUCAAGAUGUUGAACUACACGGUCCUGCGGCGGCAAGAGGUGGUGGUGGUGGAACAAGCAGUGAUACAAACGAUUCUGGCACGAUUUCCAGCUUUCUCGAAGAACGCAAGAAUCGGUUGUCGUUCUUCCCCCAGAAUCGAGAAUUUAUGCAGCAGAAGAUCAUGCGAUUGGCAGCGGAUCAGCAUCAGGAUCAGGAAGAUCGUGGUUUAGAUACCGUAGGAGAUGUUGACCAAGCAGCGUUCGGAAGUAGCUCGUUGGAAGUUGAUGUACAUGCACGACAGGAUCUACUGCCUGGUGAUUCUGGGGAUGUCGAUGCUGAUGAGCAGUGGUCUGGAGAUCAUUCUGAUGCAGAUCAAGACGUGGAGGAACAAGACGAGGGAUCAACAACAACAUUUCCGGACGACGUACAAGACGAAGACGGCUGGAUCCCGGCAGAAAAACCCAUUCGUACGGAGACUUUUGUGCCAACCCCGACGCACUGGCUCGUACAUGACUGGCACAAGCAAGGCCACGGUAAAAAUACGGCUAGUGUGAUGCUGGCGGGAGACUACUGUCGGGCGAUGCUAAGAGAGUAUUACGAUGUGAACAGCAGAAGAAGUGGUCGAAAAAAUAAUAAUCCUAGAACUACAAGUGGUGGUCAGGUUCGUGAUUCGCAAGGCAAUUCAAAUUCUGCCGCUGGCUCGCUUGUGGUUCCGCAGGCCGAAGCUGCUGCUGUCGGGGUUGUUUCUCGCGAAGGGGAAGAACAAACAAGCACACGACCUGCAGCUCUUGAAGUGGAUGUAGUGGAUCAUCCUGCUCCUCUAUGCAUUGCAAAAACGUCUGGGUCUGGAAGGAUGCAAGGUUUGUCAUGCUUGUCUGGCAUGACUGAAAAGUCUGUGAUGCGUGUCCAACAAGAGACCCGCCCGUUGCUUGUCAUGCAAAAACGCAGUUUGUCAUGCGGCAAACGCAACACUGUACUAGCCCCGCAAAUAUUUUUCAUGCUUGGCUGUGCAUUACAGAGCACUUACUAAUAUUCACAACUCAGCAUUACAAGUUUCCAGACCCAGACGUAUUUGCAUUUGAUAUCCUCGACGUGCGGAUGAAUUUCGUCCACAGACGACGGCGGCAACUACGGGAGCAUCUGCAAUAAAUAGCACCUCGUCCACCUUCAUGCAACAAUAUCGCGGUAUUAAACGUAAACCGCAGGAGAGCAGUUUCGCGCAACAACAAGAGACCCCCGCGGCCUCCGUGAAGGACUCGUUUCAUGAUCAGAGCGGAGAUGCAGAUGAAAAUCAUCUUCUGGACUUCGCAAAACUCUACGGGGAGUCGUUUUUAGUACCCUGGCAGGAAUACUAUCGUGAGUUCUGGACAAAAUACUACAAGCAAGACCUGUUUCUCCGGGACCGGGGGCUGCGGAGCGAUUUGCAUGCCGGGGGAGGCGGUGCGUGGAACAUUGAUUCGUUUACCGAAGAUGAAGACCAUGCAACGAUUUCUGGAGAUGGACUUGGCUUCCACAGCCUGGCACGAUCAGGGCCGCACGGGG